GGAAAGGAGAAGGGAUGCCCGCCGUCUCAGUCUCCUGACGAAUCUUGUAUUCCAUAGACUCGGAAGAAAAAUUGGGCGGGGAUUCAUCCGCUCAUUGCCAAGUUUUCGGGGUAGGGGAAAACGGGAGUUGGGACAUGGACAGCCGCUUGCAGGAGAUCCGGGAGCGGCAGAAGCUACGGCGACAGCUCCUCGCGCAGCAGUUGGGAGCUGAAAGUGCCGACAGCAUUGGUGCUGUGUUAAAUAGCAAAGAUGAGCAGCGAGAAAUCGCUGAAACAAGAGAAACUUGCAGGGCUUCCUAUGAUACCUCUGCUCCAAAUGCAAAACGUAAGUAUCAGGAUGAAGGAGAAACAGAUGAAGACAAAAUGGAGGAAUAUAAGGAUGAACUAGAAAUGCAACAGGAAGAAGAGAAUUUGCCAUAUGAAGAAGAGAUUUACAAAGAUUCUAGUACUUUUCUCAAGGGAACACAGAGUUUAAAUCCCCACAAUGAUUACUGCCAACAUUUUGUAGACACUGGACAUAGACCUCAGAAUUUCAUCAGGGAUGUAGGUUUGGCUGACAGAUUUGAAGAAUACCCUAAACUGAGGGAGCUCAUCAGGCUGAAGGAUGAGUUAAUAGCUAAAUCUAACACUCCUCCUAUGUACUUACAAGCAGAUAUAGAAGCCUUUGACAUCAGAGAACUAACACCCAAGUUUGAUGUGAUUCUUCUGGAACCCCCUUUAGAAGAAUAUUAUAGAGAGACUGGCAUCACUGCUAAUGAAAAAUGCUGGACUUGGGAUGAUAUUAUGAAGUUAGAAAUUGAUGAGAUUGCAGCUCCUCGGUCAUUUAUUUUUCUCUGGUGUGGUUCCGGAGAGGGAUUGGACCUUGGAAGAGUGUGUUUACGCAAGUGGGGUUACAGAAGAUGUGAAGAUAUUUGUUGGAUUAAAACCAAUAAAAACAAUCCUGGGAAGACUAAGACUUUAGAUCCAAAGGCUGUCUUCCAGAGAACAAAGGAACACUGCCUUAUGGGGAUCAAAGGAACUGUGAAGCGUAGCACAGAUGGGGACUUCAUUCAUGCUAAUGUUGACAUUGACUUGAUUAUCACAGAAGAACCUGAAAUUGGCAAUAUAGAAAAGCCUGUCGAAAUUUUUCAUAUAAUUGAACAUUUUUGUCUUGGUAGAAGACGCCUUCAUCUAUUUGGAAGAGAUAGUACAAUUCGACCAGGCUGGCUUACAGUUGGACCAACUCUGACGAACAGCAACUACAAUGCAGAAACAUAUGCGUCCUACUUCAGCGCCCCCAAUUCCUACUUGACUGGAUGUACUGAAGAAAUCGAGAGACUCCGACCAAAAUCCCCUCCUCCCAAAUCUAAAUCUGAUCGGGGAGGCGGAGCUCCCAGGGGUGGAGGAAGAGGUGGGACUUCUGCCGGCCGUGGACGGGAAAGAAAUCGAUCUAACUUCCGAGGAGAAAGAGGUGGCUUUAGGGGGGGCCGCGGAGGAGCACACAGAGGUGGCUUCCCACCUCGGUAAUUUUUUAAGACCCCGAUCCUGUUAGUGCCCCUCUGUCUUCUUUAUUGUAGUUUGAAUUUCAACUGGGAGAUUUAUUUUAGAACUCACUUCCAGCUUGCACUUUGCUUUAGUUUCUCCAGGCUCCAGGAAUAUCUUAGCCAACCUCCUUGCAUUUGUUCACACACGCUGUCUAGUUUUGUCUGGGAUAAUCGAGUCAUCCUGGCUCAUGUCAUGUGCAUGUAACCGAACAGAACGGAACAACACAAAUACCUUCUCUUUCAGAGACUGAACUUAUUCUGAUAGAUUCCAACUAAUUACAAAGGCUUUUGCCUUUUACAAAUAGUUGAAGUGAGCAGUGAAGAAGACCCAAUCUGUUGUAUCACACUAGUGCUCACCGUAGUUGGUAAAGGCAUCCUGCCACUGCUGUCACAGCAAAUGGCAGAUGUUUGGGCGCCCUGAUGGAACGGAGUUGGGACAGAUGGUAAACUUCUGUUAGGGUUUUAAAAACAUUUUCUUGAUGAAAUAAUAAAAAGAGACAUAUUUUCUUUCUUUUUAAAAAUCUUAAAUAAACUUAGAUAUAAUUUGACUACAGAAGGAAUUGAGAGACUUUAAACAAAAUCAUCGCCUCCCAAAUCUAAAUCUGAUAAGGGAGGCGGAGCUCCCAGGGGUGGAGGGAGAGGUGGAGCCUAGUAGGCAGACUUGAAAAAGGGAAAAAAGCUCAUCCUCAUCUCACUUGUAUAGCUACAGGUGACUGAAAUCAUGCUUCCUGAGAAGCAAAUGAAGACAGAUAUCCAAGUGCUAGAACUUUGCUGUGGACUUGAACUUGGAUUGACUUUCAAAGCAGUUUCAUAUUCCUUAGCAAAAUAAAAGAAACGGAGGCAAUAACAGAGAUACCUGGUUAUCAGGUACUUGGUUUAAACAUUUGGGGGAAUAAAGUACUUGGUGAUGAGGAAAUGACAUACAUCUUUCAACUUGUUAUGGAGAAAACUUAAUGUACAAUUAAUUACCGAAACCCUCAACUUAAGAAGACAGCUUAGAAAAUGGCACUCCAGUUGCCUUUUAUUAAAACCAUACGGUGUGGUGUUUUUCAGGGACUGGCUUUGCAGAUCUGUUACUUGUAUAAGACUUUAUGCUGUCAUUUCUCUUUCUAUACUGUAACUCAUGUUUUAAAUGAAUUUGAAUGAAAUAAUAUCAUCGUUCUUGAUAAAUGUAUUUUUUAUUUUGUGUAUGAUUUUUUCUAAUGAAACUUAAAACCUUUGAAA